AUGGUUGGUGGUCACCAAAUCGAGGAAGGGCCGAUGAUAAAAGUACGUGACAACUACCUGUCGGACGCAGCACGUGAGAGGCUUGGAGACGCGUUGUCCGAUUCACUUCUUAACCUUACCACCGAUCUACGCUCCCCAUUUGCUGCUUUCCUAUUAUCUUUACAACUCGUAUGCAAUAUAGCCAGGAUUUUUGACUUCCGACUGCCUUAUCUGUUGACCUAUCGUGAUGUUGCUUUGAGAGAGCGGUGGAGUCGUGAACUCCUCGAUAAUGACUGGUUCAAAUUCUGUCAGUCAGUGCUGUCACUAGGUCUUCAUUUGGGAAUGCCACCGGAAAAUCUUCACUUCAACUAUCCUCAUUCGAAUAUCAUUGAACAAGCACGAUUCCCCCAUCCAGUCAUAUUAGCUAGCAGUCAUCGUUUUGAGAUUAACGAAAACUUGGCUCGAGUAAAUGUCCACGAUAGAGAAUUGAUUUCUGAAUGGGAUAUUUGCGAAGAUCUCGACAUGUGA